AUGGAGACCCAUAGUCGAUGGAGUAGCUCAACCCUACACAUUUUUAAAGUACGUAUUCUGACCUAUCUGCUCAGACGCAGUUACGAGGAGUCUAAGAAGCGUAUUGAGGCCUACAGCCGUGCUAUUGCCAAGUAUGAUUUCCUCUCUCAGACCGGUGGCUAUGAGAAGCGAGCGGACGGUUCCCCGAUCCAAACCAUGGGGCAUUUCAUGAAGAACUCGAUGCCUCUGCUUCUCUCCCAAUUCGCUGUCUGGCGUCUCAACGGCACCGUCGUGCCUCUCUACGACACGUUAGGCAUCGAAGCCAUCACCCACGUUUGCUGCGAAGCCGAGCUCAAGACCGUUCUCUGCAGCCCGGCCUCCGCCGCCCUCCUCCUCCGCAGCAUCCCCGACAGUCCCAACCAAUUCUCCACGCUCCGCUCCCUCAUUAUCGCCGAUGGCCCGAUCACUGCGGAGCUGCAAUCGCUCGCGGCGUCCUGCUCGAUCUCUCUGUUCUCGUUCGAGGAGCUUCUAUCAGAAGGCGCGUCGCUUCCGGACCCUCCGAUCCCCGCGGUGAGCGGUUCGGACGUGUGCAUGAUCUGCUACACGUCGGGAACGACGGGUGCGCCGAAGGGCGCGCUGAUCACGCACGCGAAUCUGGUGUCUGUGGGCGCGGUGUGCAAAGCGUACAUCGACGAGAUGAGCCAUUUCGGGCGGAACGACUACUACAUUUCGUACCUGCCGAUGGCGCACGUGUUCGAGCAUUUCAUGCAGACCGCCUGCAUCGCCGACGGCAUGGGCAUCGGGUUCUCCUCGGGCGACACGCGGCACAUCGUCGACGAUUUCAAGGCGCUGCGGCCCUCCGUGUUCGCGUCCGUCCCGCGGGUUUUGGAGCGACUCAUCGGGAAGGUGAAGGAGGCGGUGGCGGAGAAGAACGUGUUCGUCCGCUCGCUCUUCCACAUGGCGUUCAGCGCGAAGAAAUCGCGCAUUCUGCAGAGUAACACCAACCAGUGUCCGCUGUGGGACUCCCUCGUUUUUAAGCCCGUGCUCGCGCAGAUCGGGCUCGACAAUGUCCGCGCCAUGGUCACUGGCUCCGCUCCCAUCACCGCCGAGAACCUUCUCUUCCUCCGCGUUCUCUUCCUAACGAACGUCCUGCAGGGACUGGGCGCCACGGAGACGAGCGGCGGCGCGUGCGUGUCGCUGCCCACCGACUUCAACACGUUCGACCACUGCGGCAGUCCGAUCCGCUGCAUGGAGGCCAAGCUGGUGUCGGUCCCGGAGAUGGGCUAUUUGGUGACGGACACGGUGCACGGCCGCGUGGUGGACAGCAGCGGCGCGGUGCAGGCGGAGGGAAUCCCCUGCGAGGGCCGCGGCGAGGCGUGCUUCCGCGGCCUGAACGUGAUCAAGGGGUACUACCGACGGCCCGAGAUCAACGCGGUGACGUUCGACGCGGAGGGCUGGUACCACAGCGGCGACAUCGCGAUCUGGAACCAGUACGGCGGCCUGCAGAUCGUGGACCGGAAGAAGGACAUCUUCAAGCUCUCGCAGGGCGAGUACAUCUCUCCGGAUAAAGUGACCGGCGUGUAUCUGGGCUGUCCGCUCGUGGGGAAUCUCUACGUGUACGGAGACAGCUAUCAGUCGUAUCUGGUGGCCGUGGUGGUGCCCAGCGAGGAGCAUCUGCGCGCGGCGCUGAGGGAGCGCGGGAUGGGCGAGCUGGAGGGACGGAGCUUCGCGGAGCUGUGCAGCGAGCCCGCGGUGAAGGCGGUGGUGUUCGAGGAGAUGGGGAAGGUCGCGGACGCGUCGAAGCUGUGCGGGUUUGAGAAGGUGAAGAACAUCUUUUUGGACUGUGAGCACUGGACCAUCGAGAAUGGAAUGCUCACGCCCACGAUGAAGCUGAAGCGGCUGGCGUCUCGCACCAAGUAUAAGGAGGUGAUUGAGGCUUUGUACAAGGAAGGGGUGUAUAAUCCGAAGGCGAAGUGGAUUGUUUGUUGGAGAAAGGUUGGGAGAGGAAUGGAGAGGGUGAGAGGGUAG